AUGGAGGCUAAGGCGUUGUUCCUGGAAGAGGAAUUGUUUUGUUCUGUGUGCUGUGACAUCUUCAAGGACCCUGUAGUCCUGAAAUGCAGCCACAGCUUCUGUGGAGUUUGUCUGCAGCAGUGCUGGAAAGGGAAGAGCUCUCGGAAGUGUCCCAUCUGCAGGAAGGUGUCAAUUCUAAAGAAUCCUCCUGCUAACCUGGUUCUAAAAAACAUUGCAGAGUCCUACUUAAAGCAGAAGACAGCGAGUGAAGCUGUUAAGAAGAGUGAAGAUCGCUGCAGUCUUCAUGGAGAGAAACUCCUGUUUUUCUGUGAAGAUGAUGAGGAGGUUGUCUGUGUUGCAUGUCUGUCUUCAAAAAAGGACAGACACCACCGGCUCUGUCCUGUGGAAGAGGCAGCUCGUGAUCUGAAGGAGAAACUCAAGACUUUGCUGAGUCAUCUUACAGGGAAGCUGGAGAGAGUCACUGAGUUUAAAAAAGAGUGUGAAAAAACAGCAAUAUACAUCAGGAGUCAGUCCCAGCACACAGAGAGGCAGAUAAAGGCAGAGUUUGAGAAGCUCCACCAGUUCCUGCGAGAUGAAGAGGAGGCCAGACUAGCUGCACUGAGGGAGGAAGAGGAGCAGAAGAGUCAGAUGAUGAAGGAGAAGAUAGAAAAUAUCACAAGACAUAUCCACACCCUUUCAGACCAAACUGAAGAUAUAGAGAAGGCCUUGAACACUGAGGAAAUCUCCUUCUUGAAGACUUACAAGAACACUAAAGAAAGAGCCCAGUGCACACUGCAGGAUCCACAGCUGCUUUCAGGGGCGCUGAUAGAUGUGGCCAAACACCUGGGCAAUCUGAAGUUCAGAGUCUGGGAGAAGAUGCUGGGGAUGGUGCAGUACACUCCUGUGACUCUGGACCCCAACACUGCAGCCCCCUGGCUCUCUCUGUCUGAUGAUCUGACCAGGUUAGAUAUACAGCUACAACAGAGACAACUUCCUGACAACCCAGAGAGAUUUGACCCCUACGUGAGUGUACUGGGCUCUGAGGGUUUUACCUCAGGAAAACACAGCUGGGAGGUGGAGGUGGGGAAUAAAUCUGAGUGGGAUGUAGGAGUGGCUAAAGAGUCCAUCAACAGGAAGGGGGGAAUUACAUGCAGCCCAGAUGAAGGAUUCUGGGUAAUAAGGCUGAGGAAAGGUGAGGGGUACAAAGCCUACACCUCUCCACCAACGCAUCUCACCCUGAAGAGGAAACCCCAGAGGAUUAGAGUGCAGCUGGACUAUGACAGGGGGGAGGUGUCCUUCUACGACCCCAGCAACAUGUCACACAUCUACACUUUCAAAGACACUUUUAAUGAGAGAAUAUUUCCAUACUUCUGUCCUUGGGAUGAUGAAGAUGGCAGUAACCCUGGAGCCCUGCAGAUCUGCCCAGUGAAGGUGUCUCUAAUGGUGAUGUCAUCACUAGAAUGA